CGAGACCCCACGAUCUGCAAUUUGCAGGCGAACUGAGGCAGAAGAGAAACGCUGGAGAUGCCCCUGAUGAUGCAGCGUUCCUUCAAUCCCUCAAAUUAACUAUUCGCGCUCAACAUAUCAUUUUUCCUUCGACAAGUGAAGCGAACCCUGAAAAUGGACGAGCAAGUUGACCGGCUCGUUAAGAAGACCUGGGAGAAGUUUGAAGAUGUUCCCCAGUCUAAACGAUUCCUCAUCGCCGUGUCUGGCAUUCCCGGUUCAGGCAAGACUACACUCGCCGCCAUAGCAACAAAGCGGCUCAACGAACUCCACGCAAAACAAUCCCCAGGAACGCAUAUGGGCAGCCCGCUCGCCGCAUUUAUCCCAAUGGACGGCUACCAUCUGUCACGUAAUCAACUCGAUGCUAUGCCCGAUCCCGUCUCCGCGCAUGCCCGGCGAGGCGCAGCUUUUACAUUCGACGGAGAGUCCUUCCUCAGUUUAGUCAAGAUGCUGAGAGAGCCGCUAUGCCCCGAGACGGGGACGCUUUUCGCACCAAGUUUCGACCAUGCGACCAAGGACCCCGUGGCCGAUGAUAUAGCAAUAGCGCCUUGUGUACGAAUAGUCAUAUUUGAAGGGAAUUACCUAUCUCUGAAUAAGUCGCCUUGGAAAGAUGCAGCAGAAUUGAUGGACGAGUUGUGGUUCGUUGACGUGAAUCUUGACGUCGCAAGGAGUAGGCUGGUGUACAGGCAUGUUAAAGCUGGGAUCGCGAAAGAUGAAGAAGACGCGAGGAAGCGUGCGGAUGAGAACGACCUCGUGAACGGGAAGGGGAUUCUGGAAAAUAGGAUGGAUGUUCAUGAGGUCGUGCGCAGUCAUGACGAUGAUACUUGGGCACCGGAGAAGCAGGGUGUUGGCGAUGGCCGAGAUGAGCAACCAGACGAGAUGACAGCCGGCUCAGUAUGAAAAGCAUGCUUAUAGGGUUCGGCGGAGUACAUUGGAUUAUUUCGGAUCACGUUUGUACAUACCAAAAGCGUGCUUUUUGGGCCUUCUGUGCACUUGCUCUGAGUUGAGGUCAAUCUCAAGGCGGGCUUCGGGAUAAGGAGAGGCGUUGCUUAUCUAACCUGCGGCGAAGUCGUCACCGGUCGUCAACUUAUUCUUUU